UCCAACCAGGUGCUAAGCUCAUCAAGCCUUCAAGCAAAGCAAACUCAAGUAGUAGCUGAUUACCAGCUCUUCUCUCUUCUCAUUGAGAAGAGGGAAUUAAGUUUUGAUCUCUGCUUUAUUGCCUGAUCAUCCUCUUGUUACUUGCAAGCAAGAACAGUAGUGUACUGUGCCUCAUUGAUCUCCUCCCACCAAACUCUCUCUCUCUCUCUCAUAUUCCGAGCUAGCUAGUUAAUCAAGAUCUUGCUGCAAUGGCUGGCAUGUCUCUUCAGCAUCCCUGGGCCUUCGCCUUUGGUCUCCUAGGCAACAUCAUCUCCUUCAUGACCUACCUGGCCCCACUGCCGACGUUCUACAGGAUCUACAAGAGCAAGUCGACGCAGGGGUUCCAGUCGGUACCCUACGUGGUGGCGCUGUUCAGCGCGAUGCUGUGGAUCUACUACGCGCUGCUCAAGUCCGACGAGUGCCUCCUCAUCACCAUCAACUCCGCUGGCUGCGUCAUCGAGACCAUCUACAUCGCCGUCUACCUCGUCUACGCCCCCAAGAAGGCCAAGAUGUUCACCGCCAAGCUCCUCCUCCUCGUCAACGUCGGCGUCUUCGGCCUCAUCCUCCUCCUCACCCUCCUCCUCUCCGCCGGCGACCGCCGCAUCGUGGUUCUUGGUUGGGUCUGCGUUGGCUUCUCCGUCAGCGUCUUCGUCGCCCCCCUUAGCAUCAUCAGGCUGGUGGUGCGCACCAAGAGCGUGGAGUUCAUGCCGUUCUCGCUCUCCUUCUCCCUCACCAUCAGCGCCGUCGUCUGGUUCCUCUACGGCCUCCUCAUCAAGGACAAAUAUGUCGCUCUUCCCAACGUGCUGGGCUUCUCCUUCGGCGUCAUCCAGAUGGGGCUGUACGCCAUGUACAGGAACUCGACGCCCAAGGCCGUGCUGACCAAGGAGGUCGAGGCGGCGACGGCCACCGGCGACGACGACCACUCCGCCGCCGGCGUCAAGGAGCACGUCGUCAACAUCGCCAAGCUCUCUGCCGCCGUCGACGUCGUCAAGACCCGCGAGGUGCACCCCGUCGACGUCGAGUCCCCGCCGGCAGAGGCGCCGCCUGAGGAGGACGACAAGGCCGCCGCCGCCACCGCCGCCGCCGUCGCCGGCGCCGGCGAGAAGAAGGUAGCUGCAUGAGUGCGUGCAUGCGUACAUGGGUCGCCGUAAGAAGGAAGAAGGCGUGACGUGUCCAGCCCGUACGCGCGCCACGUGGCCAAGCUAGCUUCAGAGCUAGUGAAGCUGCAGACAUGCUAGCUGGCUAGCUAGCAGUGAGAGAGUGCGACGACUAAAAAAAAAGUAGUGAUUAAUUAAGGGCUUGUAAUUUAAUCGUUGUUUUUUUUUUCUCUGUUUCGUUGAGAUCGAUAUCGUUGUCACCAUGCAUGUAUUUCGUUUUUGAUUCUCAGUAAUUAAUUAGAUGGGCUUUCUGUAAUUCAACCUGUAAGGGUUCCUUCCAUGAUUAAUUAAUUAGCGUGUUAAUAAUUGUCCCACCAAUA